GGUCUCGCCGGCCAGAGCGUCGUCCCGCGCCUCUGCUCGGUCCCCGCGGCGGCUAGAGCGUCCCUGCUCCGGAGCCGCGUGUGACCUUCCCCCCGUACACCGAUGCUGCCGGCGGCCGCUCGCCCCCUCUGGGGGCCGUGUCUCGGGCUUCGGGGCGCCGCGCUCCGCCUCGCCAGGCAGCAGGUGCCCCGGAUCUGUGCCUUCCGGCUCAUGAGGUGCAGCAGCCACCGGCAGGGAGAGGCCCUCGCCAGCGCACCCCUGGAUAACACCCCCAAGGAGUACCCCCCCAAGAUCCAGCAGCUGGUCCAAGACAUCGCCGGCCUCACGCUCCUGGAGAUUUCAGACCUCAACGAGCUGCUGAAGAAAACGCUGAAGAUCCAGGAUGUGGGUCUCAUGCCUAUGGGGGGGGUGAUGCCAGGUGCCCCUGCUGCAGCUGCCGCUCCCGAGGUACCAGAGGAAGUGCCCACACAGAAGGAACGCACACAUUUCACCGUCCGCCUGACAGAGGCCAAACCUGUGGACAAGGUGAAGCUGAUCAAAGAGAUCAAGAACUACAUCCAGGGCAUCAACCUAGUGCAGGCCAAGAAGCUGGUAGAGUCGCUGCCACAGGAAAUCAAAGCCAAUGUGGCCAAGGCGGAGGCAGAGAAAAUCAAGGCGGCCCUGGAGGCUGUGGGCGGCACUGUGGUUCUGGAGUAGCCUCCCGCAAAACUUAUGGACAGGGAGCCCUAGGCCCCAGGCCAGGCCUGCCCGUGCAACCACGGCCGGACUCAGCAGAUGGGCGCCUCGAUGACAGAUGGAUAGACAGACAGACCUUCAGCAGGGCGAGGCAGAGGACUCCAGCCAGUGCCCACCGCGUGCUUCUGUCAGCCUGGGAAAGAAACAAAACGGUUUCGGUGCGUGGGGGAGUAGCAGGGGGUCUGUGCCCCACCCAGCAUCUGGACUGACACCCCGCCCCAUGCGCAGUUUGCCUGGGGACAGCCACUGCCUGGGUGGGGACAUCUGGGAACCAUUUUUAAUUCACAUCAACAAUAAUAAAUGCAGCGCUGGUCUGCUUGA